CGUAUCACCGUCAGCGUCAUCCGCCCCGAGCAGGCGGACUCGGACAUAAUCAACCUCGAAGUCGGCGGUGACAUGACCGUCGAGCUCCUCAAAGCCAUCGUGCAAAGCGAAACUUCUAUCCCUCCCGAAGCCCAGCAACUCGUCUUCAACAAUGCCCUCCUCCAGGACCCUGCGCAAACCCUCGACCAGGUCGGUAUCGCCGAGGGCGAUAUGCUAGGCGUGCACGUCACCUUCCGCCCCGCUCCAAACCAGCCCGCUCCACGAACAACACCCGGCCCCAGCGCCCCUCGCCAACAGCAGAUCCAACCCCGUCCGGGCAUGCCGGACCCGGAGACGAUCCGGCUCCAUAUCCUAGGCGAUCCUCGCGUGCGCGAGGCGGUGCGCAGACAGAAUCCCGAGUUGGCGGAGGCGGCCGAUAACGCGCAGCGGUUCAAGGACGUGUUGCUUUCGCAGCAGCAGAGGGAGAGCCAGCAGGAGGCGGAGAAGGAGGCCAGGAUUGCGAUGCUGAAUGCCGAUCCGUUCAAUCCGGCGAACCAGCGGGAGAUCGAGGAGAUUAUUCGCCAGAAUGCGGUUACGGAGAACUUGCAUAAUGCUAUGGAGCAUCACCCCGAGUCUUUUGGUCGCGUUACGAUGCUCUACAUCCCCGUCGAAGUCAACGGUCACCGCCUCAACGCCUUCGUCGACUCCGGCGCCCAGGUUACUAUCAUGUCGCCUGAAUGUGCUACGGCGUGCAACAUCAUGCGUCUGGUCGACCGACGCUACGGCGGUAUUGCGAAGGGUGUGGGCACCGCCCCGAUUCUGGGACGGGUGCAUUCGGCUCAGAUCAAGAUCGGGGACAUGUUCCUGCCGUGCUCGUUCACCGUCAUGGAAGGCAAGCAGAUCGACCUGCUUCUGGGAUUGGACAUGUUGCGACGACACCAGGCGUGCAUCGACCUCAAGCGCGGGGCGCUGGUUAUCCAGGACCAGGCGGUGUCGUUCCUGGGCGAGGCGGAUAUCCCCAAGCACCUGACCGAGGAGUUCGAGGACGAGCCGACGGUGAAGGGCGCCGACGGUGCCGAGGUGGGUGCUCGUACCGGUGCCGUCACUCACCAGGCGGAGAACAAGCCCGGCGAGUCCAGCAGCGCCAGUGCCAGCGCCAGCGCCAGCGCACCCGAGAUCAACAUCCGACCAGCACCGCAGGCACCCGCCUCGCGCUGGCCGCAGGAUUCGAUUGCCAAGAUCACAGAGCUGGGAUUCACCCGGGAGGAGGCGGUACGGGCCCUAGACGCCGCCGAGGGCGACCUGGACGGGGCAAUCGGGUUCUUGAUUUAA